AGGACCUCGCAGCAACUUUUAGCUCCGCAUUUUCAGUUUACCCCCUACUUAGAUACGCAGAUCUUUCUUGCUGUCAGUUUUUUCCCCAAGAUAUACUGGCAUCAAGAACUACUGCCCCUGCUCAAGAGAUGAAGUAAUUACUCUCCUUCUGUUUUUUCUGCUGCUGCUGCUGCUGAUAAACCACAGCGCAUAGAAUGCAGUAACAUAAGUUUUUGCCUGCCCGUUGAGCGGGCCAGAGGUGUUUUCUGAUCAGAAGAUUGCUUCGCCUGUAAAAGAACGAAGAAACACAACCAAUGUCGGCGUUCGAGGAACUCGGGGUCUGCCCUGAGAUUAUCCAGGCCAUUGAGGAAGACGAAUGGUUGCUACCAACACCUGUGCAGCAGGAUGCGAUCCCGCUCAUCUUGGGUGGCGGCGAUGUGCUUGCCGCUGCGGAAACUGGGUCGGGAAAAACCGGUGCUUUUGGCUUGCCAUGCCUGCAGAUUGUACACGAAACGCUGCGCGGAAAAUGCACCUUGAUGAGCCGGGCCAGCAACUUGAAGUAAAGAAAGCUACUUAUUUUGCUGCUGGUCCUUGUCUACACUUAAACCGCAGUUAAUAUCAUGCGUUGAAACUGCAAUUUAUAUUUAAUUUGUCUCCUAUUUCAUUCGAAGUACCAAUCAUCUGCAUCCAGGUGCGAGCUGAACCUGAACGACAAGGAUAUCCUGAGGAAAAACGUACCCACACCAGAGUCAGGAUGGGGAAUCUGCUAGACAAAUCAGCCAGCUUUGGUUGUUUGGCAUGACAAGUUUGUCCGCGUAGUGUAGUGCUGUUUGAGCUAGUUCAGCAACAUUACAGAUCUAGUAUCUCGUGCUGAUUGGAGCAUGACAAAUUUCAAAACCGCAUUAGAAAAUGCUUCUCAUGGGGCUCCGCAUGAGAAACAUUUUAAGCAUGCAGAGUUGCAUGACAACUAUGGUGUGGGUACGUUUUUACUCAGGAUAAAGGACAUGUUUGUCUUGGUCACCGAGGAUGGGCUGGAGUGCAAGUCCGAUGAUGAAGUGAAGUGGAACGGCAUUCGAGCGAACAUAGAGGUGCAGAACGGAAAAUACAUGUUUGAGGUGUUUGUCGUGGACGGGAUGUGCCGCAUCGGGUGGGGCGCGGCCUUCGCGAAGCUCGAGGUGGGGGCGGAUGACAAGAGUUUCGGGUAUGGUGCAACCGGGAAGAAGAGCUGGAACCGAAAAUUUGAAGACUACGGCGAGUCGUUUCAGGCGGGCGAUGUUAUCGGGUAUUUUUUUUGUUUUUUUGCUGGCAAAGAAGGCAGCUUUUUACUUUGUGACAAAGUUACCUGAGCGACGAAACGCAAGUACGCACCGAGAUUUUAUUGUUCAGAAACGUUUCGAAUGGAGGAUUUUUUGGUUUUUACAUCAACAGCAAAAUGAUUAUGAACAGCUGCCUGCUCGAGCGCAAAGACGGCGGCGGUAAGAUUUCUUUUCUGAAAAACGGGCGGGAACUGGGCCUCGCGUACGAACUAGACCCCAACCAGUGGGAGCGCACCGGCUUGAAGCCGCAGAUCUGCGGGAAGCGGUUCAAUGUGGAGUGCCGUUUUGACUUUUGCGAGUACCCUGUGGACGACUACACCCCGCUUGGGCAGAUCGACCCGAAGGACACCCCCCAGGGGCUCGGCGGGACGCGGGGCAAGCGGCCGCUGCUGUGCAUGAUUUUGGAACCGACCAGGGACCUGGCGGAACAGACCUACAAGUGUAUGAUGAAGUUCUCGAAGUACCUGGAGAACCCGACGGUUAAGACCGCGCUGUUCGUCGGCGGGGUGGACGAAAAGGAGCAGUACCGCGCGCUCACCGAGGGCGUCGACAUCUGCGUCGGCACGCUGCAGAAAACGCUGGACCACGUGCGACGCGGCAAGCUCGACGUGUCGCAAGUGAAGUUCCUCGUGCUGGACGAAGCCGACGACCUGCAGAAGAAGGACGACCGGAAGGAACUCCCCAGACUGAACGCGCAGAUCAAGCGCGGCCGGCGGGACCGGGUGCAGACGCUGUUCUUUUCCGCAACGCUGCACACCCCGGAGGUGCAAUCCAUGAUCGAAGAGAUCACCACUCGCCCCAUCUGGGUGGACCUGAAGGGCCGCGACGCCGUGCCCGACACGGUGCACCACGUGGUGUACCAGGUGGACCCGCGGCUGGACUUCGACUGGAUCCAGAGUAAAGACUACGCGAUGCACAGCAAGAACCCCAUGAUCCCCGUGCCCAACGACGAGGUGCACACGAAACCGACCAUGUCGGACUUCGACCGAACCCGGAUACCCGGGUCGGCUUUGACGUAUUCCGCGAAGAUCAAAGAGCAGAAGUUCCAACUCGUCGUGAAGAUCGCGGACGCGUUCAAGAUGACACAAUGUCUGGUCUUCUGCCGCACCAACGUCGACUGCAACAACCUGGAGAAAUAUUUGAACGAACUCGGCGGGUGUCCGGGCGGGUUCCGGGGAAAAACGGAGACCGGCAAGGAGAACCCGUACAGCUGCGUGGUGUUGGCGGGCAUGCGGGACCAGGACGAGCGGCGGAUGAACUUGGAGGCUUUCAAGGAGGGCGACAUCCGCUUUCUCGUCUGUACCGACGUGGCGGCGCGGGGCAUCGACAUCCAGGGGCUGCCGUAUUUAAUCAUGGUGACCUUGCCGGACGACAUCGAGAACUACAUCCACCGGGUGGGACGCGUCGGACGUGCCGAGCGGGUGGGGCUGGCGAUCUCCCUGGUGGCGACGGAACGGGAGAAGGUGUGGUACCACAAGUGCAAGUCGCGGGGCAAGGAUUGCCGCCCCUGGCCGGGGAACACUUGUUUGACGGUGCCGUUUGGCACGGACGGGAAGCUGAAGCGUGCGGACCCGUCCGCAUGGUGCGUGGACGAGGGCGGGUGCAGCAUUUGGUACGACGAGCCGGACUUGAUCCAGCGCGUGGAAAAGCGGAUCCAAAUGCCGCUGAAGCACAUGGACCGCGACGACUUCUCCAUCGAGAACCUGCUCCCCAGCCCCCUGACCGAGGCGGAAUUGGCCAAGAAAAACAGCAAUAAAACCGCUGCUGGAAAGAACGGCACGUCCGGCGUGGGCGAAAAAAGCCGGCGCGGGAAGCAGGCGGCGAGCGCGCAGCAAACCGCGGUGGUCUACGGGAAAAAGCAGAACGAGGACGUCGGGACGAAAAAGAUUUUCAACGAGUUGGUAAAUUCGGUGAAGGAGCUCGCAGAAAUGGAAAAAUUCAUUCAGCAAAGGUUCGUUUCCACGGCCGUGGUGACCACAGGACUGAAGAGGCCGAAGAUAAACAGUUCUUUUGCAAGUAUCACCGCGGAGCGCUUGCGCGGGAUCUUCGGCGACUCCUUUGUGCAGCCACCCGCGCCUGUUGCCGUCGUGGCACCACCGGCAGCGCCGCCCGUGGCUGCACCACCCGUGGAAGGUAUUAAGUACUGAUUUUUGCAUUUGGCGUUGUUUGAUUUGUAGUUGCUUCGAUUCGAGUUGCGAAAAGGACGAUAACGAACGGUGAAGCUCGGAUGAGUACUGACUUGGUACAGGACCUGUCGUAUUCAUGGAUUUGAGCAAGUGUACAGUAGAUCUCGGUGGCAAGAAAAGUACGCAAAUCGAUCCUUUUCAAUUAUUUACAGUCUCUGCGCCACGGAAGCGGGGCAACGAGGAUCAGGUGCAGAGCAGCGAAGGAAUGUAUGAUCCGCGGGCCCCAAAGACACACAUGGCCAACGACGAAUGGACUAUGUCCGAGAACCUUGUCGCGCGGCAGGACGAGAUGCAGGUUGACGAGACCGCCGCGAUACCAGCUUCAAGACAUGAACCACCGGCACAGGCUACAGGAAGUACGACAAGCGACUGGCCGAUGGAGGUUGAUCCUCCGAAAGAGCUUCCGGUGGAGCCCCCGCGGCCUGCGGACGAAGAGGAGGCUCCGAAGGCAAAGAAAGCAGCAACCGGCUGGGGUGCGCGGCCAAAAAGAAAAGCCAGGUGGUAGAGUUGUGCCACGGUUGGUAUCGGCUCCAUCGUUUCUGAUUUGUCUGCCCGUUCAUUGAUGUAUCGUUCAACUCUCUAAUAAGCGACAAUAAGAAUAAACCACCUUCUUGUUCCAAGAAUGAAUAAGUAACUACGACAUGAAAAAUGUAUAUGAUAAGAAGCGCGCAUUGUGCCACCGCAACCAGAACAAAGUGUGUGAAAAAGUGAAAAGUGAAGACCACUGUCUCCGUCGCGCUGGGCGCGCAAUGCAGUGGUCUGCAUGUUGACCGUUACUUAACUA